AAAACUAUCGUGAAAUGAAAGAAAAUGAUCUGGAAAAGGAAUUAUAUUUCUUCAAAGGAGACUUUACAACACUAUUUGGAGAUGAAUCUGUUGAAAAGGAAUUGAAGAAAGGAUUCAAAGAGAAUGAAGCUCAAAGAAAAACAAUUUUAAAGCUUAUAAAAAAGCAGCUGCAAGAAGACUUUGUUAAGCACUCCUGUAUAAAGAAAUUGUAUGAUGGCAAGUAUAAAAGGGACAUAAUAGAAAAAGCAUCUCUUCAUGUCAAGAAAGAGAUAUACCGCUUGCCAAGUGUUAUAGUCAAUAACCUACUUCAUUUGUUAAACAGCAGUGAAGAUUGCAUAUGGGACGUUAGGAUGUUAGAUGUUGUGGGGGAUGACGCGCUUCACCACCUGAAGAUGAUACUAUCCAAUGCAACAGAACUGAGACUAAGAUGUUACACAGAGAACAAUGGACAAGUAGAUGAGUCAAAGGGUCAAUUAUUACCAAGCUUCCUUGUCAAAGAUGGCACUGAUCCUGAAACCUUCAGUUCAGAGCUUAUUCUGCGCUACUACCAAACUGCUAUACCACUUGUUUACGCUAUUGAAGUAGAAAAUUCACAAGAAAUAGUGGAACAGAGGAUAGGACAGACAUCACUAUAUGAUCCAUCUGAUCUCAACAAUGCGAUCGCCUAUAUACUGAUGAAAAAUCAAGAAAAGGCAAAGGAACACUUGAAAAAAGCAAAUGAAACAUACAUAACCUCCGAGCCAAUGCAAUUGAUAUUGCACAUUCUGUGCAAUAUAUACAUCAAAGAUGAAGGUAUCAGCAAGCCCUUUUUGGAUAAUUUGAAGAACAGAGUGCUUGACAGUAAGAACAUAGACGCUAUGAAUACAUUUGGAUAUGCCCUCCAAAAGACUGGUGACAAUAAAGAAGCAAUUAAGGUUCUAGAAAAGAGUGUUGAUGAAUCACCAAACGACGUUACUACGUUAACACUUUUGCUGUUAGCAUAUAAAAAGGAAGGGAUGACAGCAGAAUAUGAAAAUCUUCUAAGGACUCACCCAGCAUUGGAGGAGAUUGACAGACUUAGGAAUAACCUUGAAGAAACAAAGAAAUUACUGGAAGUUGCCAAUGAAAAGGUUCAAAAGAAGGCAUCAAACAUUGAUGAUCUUACACAGCAACUAUCAAGGUCCCGACAGAUGCUGGAAGACAAAAAAUUAGAGGCUCUGGAUCAUUCUGCUGAGAAGAAAAAUCUACAGAGUGAGCUGUUAAUUGCUAAUAGUAACUUGAAAGAAGAAAAGUUGAGAUCAGAGGAAAAGGCUCUUGAUCUUUCCUCCCAGGUGAGAACUCUACAUGAAAAGCUGCUAACAGCAAAUAAUAACCUGACAGAGGAAAAGCAAAGAUCAGAGACAGAGG